AUGUCUUCUGAUUUGCCUUCCAUCGACGAACUCAAGCGCGCUGCUGAAAGCGGCCAGCGCAUCACACCUGAAGAUGUUUCGGUGAUUGGCCAUAUAGAGAGCGAAUUGACAGGCGGUGGUCCGAUCCAGGGAGGGCCUGCUGCGAUCGCCCAAGGUCUGGCGAUGCGACAGAUGAGUUUUGAUGAGAAGCUCGACGAACUGGCCCACAAACCCCAGAAUCGGAUUACGCAAGAAGAUGCGAGAGAACUACAGGAACUAGAGGGUCGUGCUUUCAAUAAACCCCCAACAGCGGGAUCCGUUGCCUCGCAGGUUAGGUCAAUUGCAGAUAGAAAUGAAGCACUCGGUCUUCCGCCAGUAUCAGCGAAUGCGCCAGAAGCAUUUGUGACAAAAGAUGAUGCCAGCGACGCCCAACACGAAGAAUCGAUGAUCUACGGCGGACAAAAUCCGAGGGGUGGGAUGGCGGCCCAGAUGCAGAGUGCGGCCGAUAAGCUGGUGCACGCGAGACGUGAUAGCUAG